AUGGCCUCCCUUAGGACAUCUGACUGCCGUCACCAGGCUUGGUUCUUCCAGUCUGAUCAGCAGUUUUGCGAAGGGCGUCUUGUCGUCACCAGGCUUGUACCUCUUCCGUUCUUCCAGUCUGAUCAGCAGUGUUGCGAAGGGCGUCCCUAUUUCUUUUCCGUUGCUCAAGGUGUUCAGACCGAAACACUCGAUAAUUUUUAG